AUGAAUAGAAACUGUGGUAGAAAGACCGAGUUUCAAGACGAGCACUACUGCGCCGGAAAUGUCACUGGGAAUUUCCGACGCGCUUGUUCACUGCGGCUGCGCGGUGAAAAAAUGGUGCAACGAUCCCCUUUAACAACUAGAAAAUAUAUUCCAAUAAUCACGGAAAAUACAAACCAGAAACAAAGAAAUGGUUCCCGUCUCCCGGAGCCGAGCUACCGCGCAAGGAGUCAAUCAUUUAACUCCACACAAAAACCGAAAAAAUCCUGUUUAAAAUUCCAAGAAACCUCGAUGGAUAGAAACCUCAGUAUGACAGACUCGGCCCAUACACCACCAGGGUCUCCAGAAGAUUUACCUGACGAUGAAUCUCUUCAUAGUUACGGCAGCGCAGCCACGGCCGCUUCUAUUGAUGCCGGAUACGCACCAUUCAACGGCACUACAUUUAGUGGUAGAUCCAUGCGUUACGUCUUACACUGUUCCUCACAUGCCGGCCUAGCUGGAGAAGAUUAUCUUACACCAACCCAGAGAGCUCAGAAACAGAUACGUCGACUGAAAACACUGUUAGCUCAGGCCAAGAAGGAUUUAGAAGAAAAGGAUAGUGAAAUAUUUCAACUUACUAAAGAAGUUGUUGAGCUCCGUCUCUACAAAGCUUCAAUAUUUUCUCCGGAUGAAAAGUCCAAUUCGAGUGAAAUUGUGACCGUCCGAGAAAAUAAUGAUGAAGCUUCCAUAGAAGAGGAGAGCAUAAAAUGUAAAAGUGCCCUUCGGUCAUUCGAUAUCACAGAUAGUCCUAUGUACAAAGAUCAAACACCGACAAGAUGCCGCAAUGAGAUGCAGGGCUCGUUUACUGAUUCCGGGCACUUUGAUGACCUUACCAAUUCUUCUUUACAUUCAAAAGAAUCUGUACACAUGUUGACCCAUGACGCCGCAUGCAUGACAGAGACAGUUGACAGUGAUGAAGAACGCCGGAACUUAAUAGCCUUCUAUGAAAAGAAAGUAGAAGAUAUAAUGAGAGCUCACGUUGGAGAAACACAAGAAAUUAAAAAAUCACACAACGACAAAGUAGAAGCAUUAUUACAAAAGCUAUCGGAUGUCAACACUAGGUAUUGUGAACUUUUACCGAACUAUGAGCAGGCUAAAGAGAGGAUACAUAUAUUAGAAAAACAGUUGGAAGAUGCAAGUAAACAAUUACAAGACGAAGAAAGCAGACACCGUUCUGUAUACUUACAAAUGUACAACAAGGGAAAAGAAGCUGCAAAGUUUGAACUAGAUAAAGAAAUUGAUCCCGAACCUAGUACUAGCCAGCUCAGUAGAGUCUCUGUCGAGGAACUAUUGGAACAACUGCAAAUAACACAGACUGAGCUUGAAAAUGUCAGAGAUUCGGCAUUCACAGAGGACAGAACGGCAAAGUCACAAGUACUUCUUAGUGCAAAGGAGGCUGUUUCUUUAUGGGUCCUAGGAGCUCGAAAGGCAAUGUAUCGACGUAUUGUGGAGUCCCAGAAAGGAAACAAGACCAUAAUUGAUCCGGAAGUGACCUUACAGUUCCUGAAAUCAGCGAUCUACUACUUCCUGACAGAUCCUGAAAACCAUCAAGGUCAUUUGAAUGCCAUCGAAAAUAUCCUCGGUUUCACCGAAGCUGAAAAGAAGAAUAUACGCAAAGCAAGAACGACGUAG